AUGUCUCCAGGGAACGGCGAUUCCGCCGCAACCAACGAGAAGAAAGAAACGAAGAAGGUAGAGAAGUCGUAUUUGGCAUCCGCGGUCGAUUCCAUUAAUCCGUGGAACAUGAGCCGUAGUAGUACGCCCACUCCGAAAGACACCGCCUCCAAACCCAAGCCGACAGCUCCUGCGGUCCCCACAACAGCUGCUAAGAAGGCCGACGACCAUAGCACGAAUACCUUCUAUGGCCAGAGUUUCAAGAAGUAUCCCCCGGAAUGUCCACCGCUGAAUGUCAUGUGGUUUCAUGCGGUUGACGUUCCUAAACGCAAGCCUAACUUCUUGAAAUCGAAAAAGGAGGACGAAACAGCCAAACCAACUCCACCUAAGAAAUUCGUUGCCUUUUCCAAGAAUGAUUCGAGGUCGAUCGAGAAUACAUACCAGAAGCUUUUAGAGGAACUCGAAGAUGAACGGGACAGGACUUCAAGGAACGGGUCAAUACGCUCUAGAUCGCGACGUAGAAGGGCAUUGUCGGAGGAGGAUAAGACAAAUACAAGUACUGAAAAUGACGAUGACAAUCCACGAAGCGGUCUGCGAGUCCCGGUCAAUGAAGAUUUCUUAUUUGAUGUCAACAUAGAAGAGCGUGAAUUGGCGCCAGUCUACUGGCUAGGUCCGAUAUAUGAGAUCCGUCGUGGUAGUUGGUUCUAUCAAGAAGGAUCCACGUUGCGGCCUUGUGAAGAGAACCUUGCGGCUCAGCUGGAGGAGGGAUAUUUGAAAAUCAAACCUUGGACAUACCCCUCCAGAAUCCGCAGCAAUUCUGGGAUGCAUGACAUAACACCGAAAGCAUCUUCGGAAAACCUCAAAGCGGCCGCCAAGUCGCAAACCGACAGCUCGCUCAAACCCCAAUCAGCCCAACCAGCGACGCCCCAUCAACCACAGACCUAUCGUCUCUUCGGCACCUAUAUGAACAGUAUAGCUACUUACCAAGAUUCGAAUACGGCCUGGCUAUCUUCAGAGAGUGUCUUUUCCUGGGUGACGUCAACGGUGUACCAAAGAUUUGCUGGUGGCGGAUAUAUGAACGGCGUAAAGCUCGUACGCGGCUACUCAGAACCUGGCAAAUCGAAGGAUGGGAAGGAUGGCAAGGAUGGGAAAGAUGGGAAGAGACCCCCCACGCCCACCACGGCUACUUUACCUCCCGAGAAAGAAGAAGACAAACAGGAGAAGGCCCUUAAAAGGAGGUCUGCGCCUCCUAGCACGCGAUCAGACAAUACAGCUGACCGAGACGAAGAAGACGGCAAGGAUGCAACAGAAGCCGAACGCCGGGGAAACCGUUUAAAACGACAAUUUGCGUCCUUUGUCGAGACUUCGGAAGACCCAGAGAAGCAAGAGGAGCAAAUCAGAAAACGUGAGGAGCAAGAAAUCCAAGAUGACUAUAAUGACCAGGAUGGAGAGACGCAAGGGCGUGAAAUUGAGCACCUUGUCCUAGUUACCCAUGGCAUUGGCCAGCAGUUAGGACUUCGAAUGGAGAGCGUCAACUUCGUACAUGAUGUUAACUUAUUACGGAAGACCAUCAAAGCAGUCUACACGCACUCGGCUGAUUUGAAGACUCUUAAUGAUGAAGGUGAAAAUGACCCAGGCAAUUGCAAAAUUCAAGUUCUGCCAGUCUGUUGGAGACACCUACUAGAUUUCCCCAAACGAAGAGAUAAAAAAGGCGAGACCGAUUUGGGUGACGUCGGAGAUGAUGAAGAUGAGUACCCUUCCCUAGAUGAUAUCACUAUCGAAGGCGUGGCAUUUGCUCGCUCUCUCAUAUCAGACCUUGCCUUAGACGUCCUACUUUAUCAAAGCGCCUACCGAGAGCAAAUUGCAGAAAUCGUCCUAAAAGAGUCCAAUAGAAUUUACAAGCUAUUCAUGGAGCGCAAUCCCGAGUUCAAGGGCAAAGUUCACAUCAUUGCACAUUCGUUAGGCUCUGCAAUCAUGUUUGACAUCUUAUGUAGGCAGAAGACAAGGCCAAAGCGCACAGAGACAGCAUUGCGUAGUCCAUUACGUUUCUUCACUUCCCAAGAGCGGGCUGAACCUCCUCGAGAUCCUCGAGAUCUUGCCUUCGACUUCGACGUUGAUAAUUUCUAUUGUUUGGGUUCGCCUAUCGGGCUCUUUCAAAUGCUCAAAGGACGUACCAUUGCAGCUCGAAGCAAUCCCAACGCGAUCCCGUCCGAGAGUCCCCUGAACACGGAAUACGUGGACGAUCCCUUUCUCUCAACCGUCAAUACCGACCAACGUCUUUCAGCCAUCACCGGCCUACCAUUUUCGGUGUCGUCGCCCAAGGUAGGGCAGCUGUUCAAUAUAUUCCACCCAUCCGAUCCGAUCUCGUAUCGCCUGGAGCCUCUUAUCUCACCAGCAAUGUCAUCUCUCAAACCCCAAACCCUGCCCUAUACCAAGAAGGGCAUCUUCGGUGCCGUAGCACCGCAAGGGCUCUCAGGCCUCGGCGUCAAAGUGGGCCAAAGCGUCAGCGGGCUGUGGUCCAGCUUCAGCGCUGGCAUCGCCAGCAACAUCCUCAACCGCAGCCUCGGACUCACUAACCAGGACGUCGCGAACUUCAACGCUAACAACAACGUUUCGCAACCACUGCCCCCGGGCGCCGGCACGAACAUAGUGGGAGGCGGCGUGAUCGACAUCAACGCGCAGUCGGAGAAAACGGACGCGAGGAAGAGGGCGUUGGCACGCCAAAACUCGUCAACUGGCUCGGACGGCAACUCCGAGACCCUAAUCGACAACGAUCUAGAGACGCUAUACUCGCGCUUCCAGAAGAAGCGCAUCGAGGACCAUAAGAACAGUGCCAGUCGUGCCGAGGAGGGUAAGGAACUUGGCGAUGCAUGGGCCGCGGAGGAACUGAAAGCGCAGAAGCUGAGAAGGGAGGAGGCGAAGGUGAUGGCGCUGAAUAGAAAUGGCAGGGUGGAUUAUAGUAUCCAGGAGAGUGCGCUCGACUUCAACCCCAUCAACACUAUCGCCUCACACAUGGCCUAUUGGCAGGACGAGGACGUCAGCCACUUCAUGAUCUCGCAGAUGCUGAAGUCCAAGCGCAAGGCAGACGCCCAAGCCGCAGUUCGUAUUUGA